GUCUCGUCACGUGCAAGCCAGACGCUUGGGACUUUCCGUCCAGCCAAAAGCUUGACCCAUCAGGAGUUUUCAAGGCAACCUCCCCCCAACAAAUUUCCCACCCGACGACAGUAAUUAUCAAAUCACCCGGCGGAAGAAACUCACGAGCAAACAUAUACCUGGUGCUAAAUCACCAACGAGUCCCAAAUCGGAGUUUUACCAGACUUACACAGACAUCAUGGCUACCUUGGACGUGGAAGCACUCCUGGACGCCACCGCGAAGGAUACCUCUGAACAGAAGACUAAGAGCCCUGUGGAGGAUAGAACGCGAGACGAGCCCGAACGGAGGGAUAGGGAACGUGAUCGUGACCGUGAUAGAGACGGAAGUCGACAUCGCGACCGCGAUCAUGGGCGACGCCGAGAUCGUAGGGACAGCCCCAACCGAAGCCGCAGGGGUACACCCGAUGUAGGAACGCCUCGAAGCGAUGCUGGAAGUCAUAAAAGUAGGAGGAGAAGCCGCAGCCGUGAUAGCGACCGCCGUCACUCACGCCGAAACAGAGAUGGUGAUUACUACAGAGGUGGACGACGUUCACGUUCACGAUCUCGCUCUCCUUACCGCCAUUACCGCCCCCGUGACGACCGGGAUCACCGUGACCGCAGAGACCGUGACCGAAGAAACCGUGAUUAUGGACGCGGUCGCGACGACGAACGUCGCGAAACCAAGCGUGAAGAAGGCAACCCCCAGCUUACCGAGGACGAAAGAGAUCGUCGCACUGUUUUUGUGCAGCAACUUGCCGCUCGUCUGCGCACUCGCGAGCUGAAGGAAUUCUUUGAGAAGGUUGGACCUGUCAAUGAGGCUCAAAUUGUCAAGGACCGUAUUAGCCAAAGAUCCAAGGGAGUUGGUUAUGUCGAGUUCAAAAAUGAGGAAUCCGUUACUCAGGCUCUUCAACUUACUGGACAGAAGCUUUUAGGUAUUCCUGUCAUCGUACAAGUCACAGAAGCCGAGAAAAACCGGCAAGCCCGAAACCCUGAAGCUUCGGGACCUCACCCCAAUUCUAUCCCUUUCCACCGCCUUUAUGUCGGCAACAUUCACUUCAACGUCACCGAGCAAGACUUGCAGGCUGUUUUUGAGCCAUUCGGUGAGCUUGAAUUCGUUCAACUCCAAAAAGAUGAGAACGGCCGCAGCCGCGGCUAUGGCUUUGUCCAGUUCCGUGAUGCUGGUCAGGCACGAGAGGCACUGGAGAAGAUGAACGGCUUUGAUCUAGCCGGACGUCCUAUCCGUGUUGGACUCGGAAACGAUAAGUUUACCCCUGAGAGUACUGCCAACAUGUUGCAGAGAUUUUCCGGACAGAAUCAAAACCAGAACUUCCAAGGUUCAGCUUUCUCUGGUUCCGGCGGACGAGGCCCUCAGUCCUCAACCUUCGACCGAGCUGGCGGUCGAGACAAUGAGAAGACUGGAGGUGCUAGUGCUCUUGAUGACACCGAUGUCGCUGGUGUGAACUUUAACAACUAUAGUCGCGAUGCAUUGAUGAGGAAACUCGCCCGAACCGAUGAUAGCGCCACCAACGGCCAUGACGAGCGCCAGGUGCUUAAACCUAAGACGGAGACGAAGCCAUUGCCUGUUAAUGUCAACAUGGCCAGUCGCUGUGUUGUGUUGCACAACAUGUUUGAUCCUGAAGAAGAGGAGGGCACCGAUUGGGUCAAGGAGCUCGAGGACGAUGUUCGUCAAGAGGCCGAGAGCAAGUAUGGACAUGUCGUUCACAUCUCGGCUGACCCCAACUCCAAGGGUGACAUCUAUCUCAAAUUUGACAAAGUCCAGGGCGGCGAGAAUGCCAUCAAGGGCCUAAAUGGCCGAUACUUCGGCGGACGAAUGAUCGACGCGUCACCUGUUGUAGAUGCCGUCUACAGCAGUUUGUUCUCACGUACCCGGGCAAUCUAAGCUAAUUUUUGGCUUGUCAACAACGCUCUCUAGGACUCUCGCAGGUUAGCAGAGUCCAUAUCAACUGGCUGAAGAGCACCACUAAGAAUUCCUGGUGAUCAACAGACUUGAAGUCUCCGCUUUUUCCGGAAUUCCUCCGUUGUCAUCUAUAUACGAUCCUCGACAUGACUCCCAUCAAAAAUUACGACUCUCAUCUCACACAUCAAGGUUUUCAAGUUUCGAAACAUCACAUAUCUUUUUAACCAAAUCACGGUGUCGCAGGUUUCCGCCCCAUAUCCCGACCUACCAUAUCUGGACCCGAUGCGCACGCGCUCUCUCAUCCGGAUCAAUGAUCGAACUCCAGGUUCAGCACUCGUUUAGUCUCAAGGACCUUUGCUGAUGUCUGUACCCUAGGAAGUCUUCCCCUUUUGAUCGAGAAGGGGCAGCAACCCAGUUUUGCACCUUUAUUAUCUGAAUAGUUUGUUACAAUAUAGAAUGUCUUGAGAGUGAUGAUUGCUUAUCCUUAUUGUGACCAUGUACAUUGAUAUACAAAAGGUGAGGGAGAUAUGAAACCUGGUCAUUGCUUUACUGAUAAUGCCCAGUGCCCCUCAUCAAUGCAUCUCCUGCUUCAUAACGGACGGGCGCGCCCUGUGUGUGAUAUCUACAGAGGAUGUCGAUUCACUAAGAGCAAAGUACCUAAGGAGAAGAGAGGAAUGCUCUUGGGUCUAGUAUAAGUCUGACGGUGUUCUCGAAGUCUCGUGUAGUGUCGAAAACAGCGGAUGUGACUCUCUUUGCCCUGACUCCUGAUAUACUUCCAUCAUAAACUCAAUUUGACUGGGACGCGCUCCGUGAUACUAGUCAAACUGCAUUGCUUGAACAUAUCAGCCUGUUUCAAUUUCACUCUGUCUCAUCCCUUCACCUAUUGUUUUGCCGAGUGUUCGUCUCGAUCUUUGUUUCCGAGUCUCAUCUGGCUGAUUGUCUACUCCUUCUCUUGGCCCUUGAGUCAGGCGCCAUAGCAAGUGCUAUUGUUUCCGGGGAACUCUCCUUAAAAUGCCCCAUUGACC